AUGAAAGGAGUCGUCGAAGGCCAGUGUGGACAGCAGAAUGCGCUCGUCGGACUCGCCAACACAUUCGGAACCUCCAACCAGAGGAUUGCUCCGAGUAGUGGUAAGAGGAGACAGUUUAAAGUUUGAAAAAGAGUCUAAAAGUAUUUCAGCAGCGUCAUCUGCCUUUCUUCCUACUUCUUCUCUCGGGGAGCAAAUGGCGAGCGAGUUCUUGAGGCAGCAAGCUAGCACAACAGCCCCGACGAGUUUCAGUAUGAAAUCUAUGCAGCAGAGCCUGCCACAGACGUCUUCUUCGUCCAGUUUGGCAAUGAGAUGGACACAAGAGUUUCAGCCGAGACAGGUUUGCAUUGGCAGACCCUUUCCUCAGUUUUAUCCCAAUUUUCAGAAUCAAUUGGCGGCUCAAUGGACUCAGCAGUACACUGGAAAUGCUCCGGCUCUUGAAUCCGCGUGGCGACAAGUGACUCCCACAGGCCAAGGGUCUUCGAUUGGACCCCAAAGUGUGUUGACAGACUCUGGAAUGUGGUCUUCCGAGUAUCUGGACACUGUGGACACAUCUCUGCAGCAUUCUGGAUCAACUGCUGAACGAUGGGCGGAUGACUUCUUGGAUCAGAAAGACAAUUAUGGUAUGGAGAACACGUGGCACGAUAAGGCAUUCGAGCAGAGAUGGGAUGAAAUCAAGAGGGACAUAGAGAGUGAGCAGACGAAACCGAAUGAAUACGUGUAUCAGGUAAGGCCAAAGAGAAUCUGGAAGUGAAGGAAUGGGAGGACUUUCAGGAAGCGAAUCCCUUCAAUAGUGUUGCGGAUCCGUUGAUGGAAGGGGACAAUAUGAUGAGACAAGGAGACAUCGGAAACGCGAUGCUGGCUUAUGAAGCCGCAGUUCAGAAGGAUCCGCAGGACGCGCUAGCUUGGUGUCGACUGGGAUUGGCUCACGCGGAGAACGAGAAAGAUCAGCUCGCGAUGCAGGCGUUCAGCAAGUGUCUGCAAAUCGAUUCUGGAAAUAAAGAGGUUUUUCUAACUCUGCGUUCAUCUGAAAUCUUAAUAUUUCAGGCACUUCUGGCUUUGUCCGUUUCUCAUGCGAACGAGGGAAUGGAGAACGAAGCACUCCAUCAGCUGGACAAUGGCUGUCUUCUUACGUGGUAACGGGUGCACUGAAAGUCAUCCUUCACAUUGAACUCUUCAGGGAUCUCCUGCCACUCAAGUGACACAAAACCCACCACUCUACUCUUCGUUCCUUGACAAUGACACUUUUAACAGAGUGGAAGCCCGUUUCUUAGAUGCCGCCCGACAGCAAGGCGACACGCCGGACCCUGACCUUCAGAAUGCUCUCGGAAUUCUUUAUAAUCUUAACAGGAACUUUGCACGCGCUGUCGACUCUCUAAAACUGGCAAUUUCCAGAAAACCUACUGUGAGUUUCCCAUUUUCUCCUUUGAUAGUAGGACUUUUUCUCAGGAUGCUCGUCUCUGGAAUCGUCUUGGAGCCACUCUGGCCAACGGGGACCGUACUGCCGAGGCCAUUUCCGCGUACCGAGAGUCUUUGAAACUGUAUCCGACGUACGUCCGUGCUCGUUAUAACCUCGGCAUUUCGUGCAUGCAACUCUCGUCGUACGAAGAAGCCUUGAAGCACUUCUUGUCUGCGCUAGAGCUCCAAAAGGGAGGAAGUGACUCGUCGGGCAUCUGGAGCACAAUGAGGUACGAGAAAAAGCAAGAGAAGAAGGUUGACAUUGAUACUUCCAGAUCAGCAGCAAUCAGAACCAACAACGUGGCGGAAGGUCUGCUGAGAGCGGUCGAAGUAAGGGAUCUGGCUGCCGUCAAAGCGAAUCUCGCAUGA